CAGUCUUUCUUGUCGGGCUUGUCGUGCUUGCUGUAUCGUUCAGGAUGAUGAACCGUGCUGUUCCCCGUGCCGCAGCCAUGCUGCAGGCUCGCCGUACCCUGGCCAAGCAGCUUGACUUUGGCCUCAAGGCUCGCGAGUCCCUCCUCGCUGGCGUCAACAAGCUUGCUGACGCCGUCGCCGUCACCAUGGGCCCCAAGGGCCGUAACGUGCUCAUUGAGCAGGCCUUUGGUGGUCCCAAGAUCACAAAGGAUGGUGUGAGCGUCGCCAAGCAGGUUGAGCUUGAGGACAAGCUCGAGAACCUCGGCGCCCGCCUCGUGCAGGACGUGGCCAACAAGACCAACGACCUCGCUGGUGAUGGUACGACGUGCUCCACGGUGCUCGCGCGCUCCUUCACAGUCGAGGGCUUCAACGCCGUUGCCGCCGGCCUCAACCCGCAGGACCUGCGCAAGGGCAUCCAGAUGGCCGUGGACCGCGUCAUCGAGAGCCUCAAGCAGAUGUCCAAGCCCGUUACAACCUCCGAGGAGAUUAAGCAGGUUGCCACCAUCUCUGCCAACGGUGACACCUCCGUUGGCGGCCUCAUUGCCCAGGCCUUUGACCGCGUCGGCAAGGACGGCGUCAUCACCGUCAAGGACGGCCAGACCCUCGACGACCAGCUCGAGGUCACUGAGGGUAUGCGCUUCGACCGCGGUUACAUCAGCCCCUUCUUCAUCAACGAGCAGAAGUCCCGCAAGGUUGAGUACAAGGAUGCCCUUGUUGUGUUCAGCGAGCAGAAGAUCUCCAACGUCGCCAACAUUGUCCCUGCACUCGAGAUGGCCGUCAAGAUGGGCAAGCCCCUGAUGAUUGUUGCCGAGGACAUUGACCAAGAGGCCCUGAGCACCCUCGUGAUCAACCGCAUCCGCAGCCAGCUGAAGGUGGUCGCCGUCAAGGCGCCCGGCUUUGGUGACAACCGCAAGAACUCCCUCCAGGAUAUGGCCAUCCUCACCGGCGGCCACGUUUUUGGUGCCGAGGGCGCAGACGCAAAGAUCGAAGAGAUCCAGCCAGAGCACUUUGGCAGCGUUGGCGAGCUUGUUGUGACCAAGGACGACACCCUGUUCCUCAACGGCGGCGGCUCGCAGGACCAGGUGCAGCAGCGUGCCGAGACCAUCCGCGCCCUCAUUGAGGACACCACCAGCGACUACGAGCGCGAGAAGCUGCAGGAGCGCCUGGCCCGCCUUGUUGGCGGCGUCGCCGUGCUCAAGGUUGGCGGCAGCAGCGAGGUUGAGGUUGGCGAGAAGAAGGACCGCGUGACUGAUGCGCUCAACGCAACCCGCGCUGCCAUUGAGGAAGGAAUCAUGGUUGGCGGCGGUGCUGCCCUGCUCAAGACCACCUUCGCCCUGGACGACCUCGAGCCAGAAAACUUUGACCAGAAGAUGGGCGUCGACAUUGUGCGCCGCGCCAUCCGCGCUCCCCUCACCCAGAUUGCCAACAACGCCCGCGCAGAGCCCGCCGUCAUCAUUGACAAGAUCCUCAGCAACAAGGACGACGCCAACUUUGGCUGGGACGGCCUUCGCGACGAGUACUGCGACAUGUUUGAGCGCGGUAUCGUUGACCCGACCAAGGUGAUCCGCAUUGCCCUCCAGGACGCCAGCGGUGUUGCCUCCAUCAUGACCACCCUCGAGUGCGUCGUGAGCGACCUCCCCGAGAAGGAGGGCUCUGGCGGCAUGCCUCCUAUGGGCGGUAUGGGCGGUAUGGGUGGCAUGGGUGGUAUGGGUGGUAUGAUGUAAAGCACCACCUGGCAUCCGUUGACUCCUCUCCCCUCCCCCCUCCCCCCCCCC